UCUUUCUCUCGCGGCCCAACAGGGAUUUUUUUUUUCUCGUUUCCCCCACCGGGUCAUCUCUCCCGCUCACGGCGAUGGCCGGUGUGGGUGCGCAGGGGCGGCGGGCCGGGGUGGCCGCUGGCCGGUUAUGUUUUCCGAGCUGCGCCGAUGACGGGUGGGCCCUUCGUGCGUGCCGGUUCGACCAAACCGGCUCCGUGCCGGUUCAUAAUCCGACCCGAGCCCAACCACAGGUCAAACCCUUCUUCAUCCUCCGCUCCGCCGGAUCAACCAGCCCUUCCGCCGCCCUCUCCGCCGGAUCCACCAGGCACCAGCCAUUCCUCCGCUCCGCCGCCCUCUCCGCCGGAUCCACCAGGCACCAGCCAUUCCUCCGCUCCGCCGGCAUAGGCCCCUGGGGCGCGGGAUGCAAGGCCCCUGGGGACGCGGUGUUUGCGCAGGGCGCGGUCGGCCGUGAUGGCUACGGUGGCUGCGGGAACUCGCCUAGUCGUGGAGCGGCGGGUGCGGCGAGCAGCUGGUGGGGGCGUUCAUGGCGACAGUUUCAGUUUCGGUAAUUGAAACUGAAAUUGGAUGGUCUGCACCACCACAAUUGUUCCAAGGUACAGAGAGUGCUGCAUAUGUUCAAAGAUGACAUUCAAAAUUGGAGUACCUUUCAACUGCCAGCAGCAGCAGCAGAGACGGGGGUGCUGGAGGAAGCCAGGGUCACCGAUUGGGCAGACAACAACAGAGGCGGAGGCAACCACCGCCACCAGCAGCAGCAGAGGCAGAGGAAGACAGCAGCAGCAGAAGAGGUGGGAUCGGCCGGAAUUAUCCGCGGCGCUGGCGGCUGAAGCGGACGAAGUGUCUGCUCCUGCAAGCGGCGGUGGUGGUCGCCUCCAUUGCAGCAGCGCUGGGCCAGACUGCAUGUGCUGGUCGCCUCCGUGGGUGGCGGUGGGCAUGGUGGGGCGGCGGUGGUCGCCUCCGUGGCAGCAGCGCUGGGCCAGACUGGAUGUGCUGGUCGCCUCCGUGGGUAGCGGUGGGCAUGGUGUGGGCGGGGCGCUCCUCGCUCCUCGCUCGCCAGGCGCUGUGGGCGGGGGACUGGCGCCGGUCCCUCACCAUGACAGGAGGAGACAGCCUGCGAGGGCGCCGCCGUGGCGGGCUCAAGGCCUGCCCGUCGCCGCAUCCCUCCGCAUCCGCCUCUUCCCAUCGCUCCACGCCCUCACCAACACCACCAGAGGUAAAAGACAUAAACUUAACAAUUGCUAUGGAUAUGGUGUGGGGUGAAACUAUAAUACAAGAUGUCGAAGGUCUGCAUGGCGAUUCAUAGUUCAUUGCUUGAAUUCUCAGAACGAAUCUUUACUUAAAUUCUCUGGUGGAUGCUUGGAAAGCAGCAUUUUUUCCAGUUGAAAAAAUAUGAAGUUAUAUCUGAAUGUGUGUCGUCAAAACUUUGCUGGGGCACCACAUAUUGUGCCUGCUCUGGAUGGUCCUCGAGAUGGAACUUGAAAAUCUGAAUCUCAUAUUUCUGCAUCUUCUAUAUCUUCUGAAAGUAUUCAGGAUCUGUCCAAGAUACAGAAGCAUGGACAUCGAAGGAAUUUCAUGUUUCAAUAAAUCUGGUCGAGCUUUCUCCGUAUUCAGGAGCAACAAGGGAUUCCCCUCUGGCUAAUGGUGCAGGAACUUUUGAUGGUCUAUUUAAUGUUGCGAUUCAGCACAAGGGUUUUCUCUGUGCAAAUGGGAGCAACAGGAAGUACAUGGACUAUCAAGUUGACUGGUUUGACAAUUGUGAUAGUGACACAUGGUCAACCGUUUGGACAGAUGAUUUUCUACAGCAGUUGGGUCAUGACAGAUCUCACUCGAACCAUGAUGUGUAUUGGCUGCAGCCUGGUAAAACAUGUGAAGAUGGAUUAAAGCUGCUGACCUGUGAUGCAGGCAUGCUAGCCAUGAUUGCUGCAUCAGCAGAGCACAGUGCACAAAAAUCUGGUUUUGAUAGUUGACCAUGGUGAUACUCUAAGCAACUUACUAAGAUAUGAUGUGCUCCUUGAUGGGGUACUUGAACAACCAAUAUUUAUCAGUCCCAGCAAGUGUAGCAAGGGAAAGGAGGUUGUGGGUUCUUGCCAAGUUGUUGGAAGAAAUACAAGAAAUAAGAGAGCAAGGGGUUCUUCUUUUAUUGAUGCAUGCUCUUCUUCGUGAUGUCCUGUUGAAGUGGAAGAGCAGGAACAAGAUGAAGGCAAUGAUGAUUCUACGGAUGAAGAUUUCUAUGGAAGUGAUUAUGAAGUAAAUGAAGGUGAUGAUGACCUCUUUGAGCAGAAUGUGGACAAUGAAGUAGAUGAUCACAAAGAGAAUCAGAUUGUAGAUGACUUUGAAGGAGAAUUAGCUGAAGAUGCACUGGAUGACUCUCAUUUAAACCUAAGUAAAGAAGAGAGAGAGAGAGAGAGAGAAAAUCAAGUACAAAUUCAAUGUGUUUAAUUCAAAGACUGACAUGAAUUCACCGGAAUUCAAACUUGGUAUGGUCUUUGGUGAUGCGAGGGAAUUGAGAAAAGCUUUAGAUUCUUAUGUAGUGUGGAACAGGGUGAAGGUAAGGAAGAUUAGGAAUUCAUCCACCAGAUUAGAUGUUGUUUUCAUAGAUGGUUGUCCAUGGUACAUGAAUGCCUCCAAGGAUGCGAGGACAAGCAGUUUCUUCAUAAUGAAGUUUUGUGGAAUUCACACUUGCAGUGAAGUCGGGAAUGUCAAAUCCUUGACUGCACCAUUUCUCUAAUAAGUUCAAACAUGAGUUCAGGGAUAAUGAGUAGAUGCCCUUAAAGAAAUUUGGUGCAAAAGUGCAGACGGAGUACAAUAUGCUUCCAACCAGAAGUAAGAUAGGAAGGGCAAGAAGGGCAGCAGUGAAGCAGAUUAGAGGUGAAGAUGAUGACCAGUACAAACUUCUGUUGGAUUUUGGCCAGGAACUUAGAAGAUCUAACCCAGACAGCAAGUUCUAUCUUUGCACAAAGGAAGUGAAGAAGGAGAAGCAUCCAUUCCCAAAAGAACACUUCUCUACUCUAUACUGGUCCUAUGAUGCUUGCAAGAGAGGCUUCCUUAUGGGUUGUAGGCAAAUAAUCUUCGUUCAUGGCUGCCACAUAAAGACAAGGUACAAAGGGAAUUUGCUAACUGCAGUUGGAAUUGACCCAAAUGACUGCAUAUUUUCUGUUGCUUUUGGUUUGGUGGAAGUUGAGUCAACUGAUAGUUGGGAUGGUUUCUGGCUAGUUUAAAGGUUGAUCUGCAUAUUUGCAACACAUCCCCAUUCACAAUCAUGAGUGACAAGCAAAAGGUACUGAAAAUGCUCGCUGAAUUUUGUUGCACACUGUCAUAACACAACACUGAAUUUUGCUCUGAACAUGUUCACUAAAUAUUGCACACAACAUUGAAUUUUGCUUUGGUUAUGCUAUCUCAAUGCUCUCUCGUGUAAUAUUCUUUAUUGGUAGAGUUUAAUAGCUGCUGUCCAGAAGGUAUUUCCUGAUGCCGAACACAGAUUUUGUGUGAGGCAUCUUUACCAGAAUUUUCACAAACUUCACAAGGGUCAAACACUCAAAAACAACCUAUGGGCCAUUGCUAGAUCAACUACUGUUGAGGCAUAUACCAACAAUAUGGAGAAGAUGAGAGUUGAUAGCCAGGAUGCAUAUAAUUGGGUUGCGAAAGUGCCACCAAGGACAUGGUUAAAGCAUUCUUCAAUCCUUUCCCAAAAUGUGACAUUCUUUUGAACGACAUGUCUGAAGUAUUCAACAGCUAUAUCUUAGAAGAAAGAGAACUUCCAAUUGGAUCCAUGCUAGGGAACAUUCAGAAUAAGUUAACCCACAGAUUUGAGUCAAAAAAUAGGGAGGCAAGUGAGAAGUGGACAGGGAGAUUGUGCCCAAAAAUGCAGAAAAAGGUAGAAACGUAUGUUGAGUGGGCUAAGAACUGCACAGUACUGGAUGCUGGACAAAGGGUUUUCAAGGUGAAAGGGUUGAACAACUCAUAUAUUGUGGAUUUAAACACAAUGUGUUGUGAUUGCAAAAGGUGGGAGUUGUCACCCUUCCCUGGGAGAUUGAGUCUCUAGCUGCAGCAAUAAAUGUUACUCAGGAAGGGGGAUAUUUUGUCUGGGUAGGAAUAAUGACUUCUCUCCUAAACAAGGAAAUGAGGUAAAGUGGGCACAGAAAUAA